GGUCAGGGCGUGUUGCUAUCCGAGCUCUGCUGCUUGUCAGACGGGGGCCAGGCCAAACAGUCGUCUCUUCAACAAUCGACGGACUAAUGUUUAAUCUAUAGUAAAUAUGGAUUUCGACGCUUUAUUUAACGAAAAGACUUUUCAGUUUUCGGACUUCCAGGAGUUCACGUUUCUUCCUGGACACCAGAAGUUGACUGAACGAGUAAGAAAGCGACUGUAUUAUGGCCUGGAUAAAGAUGUUUCCUUAGAUGCCCUCUCUUGCCCUGUUACAGAUAUCGCUGUCGAAAUCUUCCAGAAGUCUGCCCCAAGCCCAAUACGAAAGCUCCAGAAGAAAUAUGCCGCUCAUGUUUCCAGGGAGGCUUGCAUCUCUCCGUGUGCCAUGAUGCUGGCUCUAGUUUACAUUGAAAGGCUCCGACAUAGAAACCCUGAAUACCUACAAAAGAUCUCCUCCUCUGACCUCUUCCUGAUCUCCAUGAUGGUUGCCAGCAAGUACUUGUAUGAUGAAGGAGAGGAAGAAGAGGUUUUCAAUGAUGAGUGGGGAGCAGCUGGAAAGUUGGACGUCAAAACUGUCAAUAACCUGGAGAUGAACUUCUUGAAUGCCAUUGAGUGGAGCCUCUACACAGAGCCAAAUGACUUGUUUGACAUACUAAGUCAGCUGGAAACCAGCAUUGCAGAGCGGCAGGGGAUGAAACGUGGCUGGUUCACCUACACUGACCUCUGUGUGCUCCUGGAGCAAUCAGCGUGGAGUCAAGCCCUCACAGCCAUCUACCAGCACUUUACCAAGGUAUCCUGUAUGCUCGGCUUGGUCUAUCUGACCAGUGUGGCUGGCCUCAUCGCCACCAGCGCUGUGCUGCACCAGCUCAGUGUCUCCAGAAGCAGCCAGUCCCUGCUCCCACCUCCAGCUGAGAUUAGCCCGACCCACCUUCAGACCUCGAACCUAAACACAGAAGCUCCCUCUGCAGCCAAGCGCCCUUCCUGUUGUGUUCUAGCCAACAAGAGUCUAAACCGUCAGACCGGCAUACACGGAAUCAACCAGGAUCACGGACAAAGUACCCCAUCAGCUUCCUCACAGUCAUCAAUAUUGUGUCUCUGGGGCUCCCUUAUGGCCUCCAUGGGUCAUAUACAUCCUGAAACAGAUUCUGAUAUGGAAGCUUCCCAAAUCUGGUCUCCUGUCUCCUUCAUCUGUCCUGGCUGUUUUGCAUCGCUCCCUCCUCUCCAGUGCGGGCUUAGAAACACCUCAGCACUUUUCAAUCACGGUCAACUUGAUAACCAUCAACGCCAUGCACCCUGGAGCUUCCUCAGAGGGGCGGAGCCAAUCGUGAACUCUCACCUAGGGGUGUUUCCCCCCGUACAGCUAGGACCCUGCCAUCCAGAGUCAAUGUUACCUGUGGAUAAAGCUCAAGCUCUGCUCAUGCCCGGCUAGUGACUGGUAAACUUCUGACAACCUGUGGUGAAGGACUCUGGAAAUCAAACCAGCAUUAUUUUCAUGGCUCAUACUUCAAGUCAUGCUUUUGUUUACUUUUCCAGAGCUAGAGUACAGGUGCAAAAUGGAAGUAAUUAGGCACAGAUGGGUUGAGAGGUUGGAAAUUCACUUCAAGCUCAGCACUGCAGAAUAAAUUUGCCAUAGGUAAAAUGCCAUAGUCUACACUUGAUGCUCUGCAGCCUGUUUUAAAUGCAGAGAAUAUCACAAGGAAUUUGAAGAUAAUUUGUUUUAGGGGCUUUUCCAGCUGCAGCCAUUUUUUUUGUAUGACAGGCCAUGUUAAAGAAAAAAUAAAUACAUUUUGAGAAUGAAGUCUUAAAAGUAGGAGGUUUUACUCAAAAAAAAUUAAAGGAAAAGUCAUAACAAAAUGAGAUUUUCCUUGUAAUUUUUGUCACAGAUAAAGACUGGACAGUCAAGCAAUGUGGUGUAAAAAGUGACAAAGUAUCAGAUCAGAAGUGACGAAUAAAUGGUCAUAAUUAUGAGAUAAAAUGUUGAAAACAUUACAUAAAAACUGGAAAUUAUCAACGGGGGUUCUCACCAUAUUACCCAACUCUUAUUAAAUUCACCAGUUUAAUCUCGUAAAUCUAGGCCUGUAGUUUUAAUCUCGUAAUGUGAACAUUUUUUCAAGUAAAUUUACGAGAUAAAUCUUGUAAUAUUAAGCCCUUCUUGUAAAUUUAGGAUUUUUUUCCUCAUUAUAUUACAACUUUUUUUCUUGGAGCUCUGACUUUAUCUUCAUAAUUUUAUGACUUGAAUCUUGAAAUGUAACUUUUUUUUCUUUAACAUGCCCCUAAUCCUGGGUCACAGUUUUGCUUCCACAUUUAUCGUUGAGAGUUCAGACCUGUCAGGUGGUGAUGUAGGACCGAUGUGAUGAGUGUGUUUGAGUAAUUAUAUUAAAGCUGUUGCUAUGUGGUAGGGUAACGAAAGUGUGCGGAGGUUUCACAGCAUAUCUGAAAGUUGAGUUUGACUUUUUUUCUGAGAAGAAGGGACUAAACCAGUUUACUUUGUCUGCUUAAUUUCAGCUUCUCCAUAUUUGCUUAGUGUUACCAUUUAUUUUAUGUAUUUGCAUAAGGAGCUUUACAUCAGAAACUUGUUAUAAACUUGCAGCUAGCACUGAUUUUGUACACCACUGUUACUGUUUAUGGAACAAAUUGUCUCGUAUCCUUUUAAACUUUCCCUUUUAUUCAGGAGAAAGCAUCAAAGAAAGGAAAUCAAUGCAGACACUAUCUCCAUACCUCAGUGUAAUGGUCACUGGCCACAUGGAAAUCCAAACCAUCAACUCCUCUUUUUCUGGUCAUUUAUAGCUUAAAAAGUUUUUCUGGUUUCCUUGUUCUAGUCAGAUUUUGCCCGAUUCUAUGUGGCAACAAGAUGUUAGUAACCUUUAAGCUGGCUCUCUGUAACAGGGUAAUGUCGCCAAAUCUGAGAGAUUAAUCUUCUAGUUUCCUAUUCUCCAAUUUUUAAUUGGUUUCUGGUUGGUGUUUUUGAAGUGACAUUCUGAGUAUAACAUGUUUGAGGCUAACAGCAGUGUUUCUUUGUUGACGCAGUCUGGAAUUUGCACAUCUGGCUCCAUUUUAACAGGAAACUCCACUCCAUUAUUACAGCAUUGUCAACUAAGUGUAUCGUUUAAACACCCGAGGAAAAUGUAAAAAAUUGAUUUUCUUUUUAUGUACAGAGUUCUACAUGGUCCCCAGGAUGUUUACAUUGUUAUUGAACCUUUGACAAAUUGCUCUUAGCAUUUGAAUUUGAUACACUUUGAAGCACCUUUAAUUUUGUACACGGUGUUAAAUGCAAAUAUUGUACAAAUGAGUAGGAAAACAAGAACUAAUAAAGGAUGCAUUUCUUUGUGA